CCAGAUGCAUACUCUCCCGUGUUUUAGCGCAAGCCGUGACUAUCAUCAACCGAUAUUGUAAAAAACUUGCUCUGGGCUUAUAACACAUGCCACACAACUCGUACGUUGUCAUUAUUAAAAUUUCUGCACUGUAAUGUUUACCAAUUCAAGGGCAUAUGCGGUUUAGUGCAAAAGUGAGUCGACUGUUUUUCGCAGAGGCAUUUUGUAUUUAUUACAAACUCAUCCUCCAAAGUUAUCAAUCGAUGUCGAGUAUACAUACGCUCUUGCAACAAACCAUUGAUGUGUAAUCGUCUCAUCAGAUAGACUCCAGAUUCACACAUAUUUCACGCAUUUUUAAAGUCCCGAAUAAGAUCUCAUCUCAUCCAAUCACUGGCAACUGACAUGGCACUGAAAACAGCCGUCGUGUUGGGUGGGUCUGGUGCAGUGGGUUCGGGCAUUGUCAAAGCCUUGGCAAACUGCCCCCAAUACGAGCAAGUAACCUUGCUCGGCCGUAGCCGUAUAGAACUUCCUGAGACCGAAAACUAUGCAAAAUUUACCCAAACAACGAUGGAUUUUGAAAACAUUCCUUCACAAGGUGCACUUUUUGCGGGAUUCUCAGCAGCUUUUUACGCCAUUGGCGUUUCCCAGACCAAAGUAGAUGAGGAAACGUAUCGUAAAAUCGAGUUGACCAAUGCGCUUGCUAUUGCCACCCUGAUGAAAGAGGUCUCGAUUCCGGAUAUCCACUGGGUAACUGGACAAGGCACAAGCAAAAAUUCACUCUUUUUGUUUGCCAGAGUUAAAGCAGAAGUUGAGGAAACAAUAGGAAAAAUGGGGUUUCGUCGAGUAAUAAUGUAUCGACCAGCCGGAAUUUUGGCCGAUAAGUCAAGUUCUAUGGGACCCAAGGCGACAUCCGUGUUCCGAGCAAUUGACCGAUUCCAUGUAAUGUCCGUUGAAUCCGAACUCUUGGGCGAGGUGAUGGUGGGAAAUUCACUCAAAGAGAUGGAAGGAGAGGAUAACGAGAUGAAAAUUCUAGAAAACUGUGCCAUCAAUAAGAUCGGGAAGGAUUUGAAAAAACCGUAGAAGGAUAAAAAUUAUCAUUUGUUGUGUACCUCGCUGACUUUUAACCUAAAAUUAACACCAAUACAUAUUUUCACGUAUGAUUCCACUUAUAACCUAAAUUUGAUACUACCAAAUGCAUAUAUUUUCUUUAAAAUUGUAAAUGUUUAAAAUUCUUUGGUCAUGUUUCAUCUUAAUAGCAGAAUAAACUCCAUAGCAAACGUUUUUAAAACCC